GCUAAUAAUUCGCUAGGUUACAAAAUGGCCGAAUUUCCAAACAAAAUCAUGAAUGGCUCCAAUGUGCGAUUGAAAAAUGAAAUGAAGAAAAAAUCAUCGCCGCAGAAGACAUCUAAGCAGCAGCAUACUUCAUCGAUUGGUUGGAACGUCACUACUACAGGAUUUUCUUCCGAAAUUUCAUGGUCGUCGAGUGACCAAAGCAAACAGAAUAUUCGGACAAAGCUAAAGAAAAUUAAAAGUGAAGGUAUUUGGCCUGAGGGAUGCGGAAAAUCGUGUAAUCAAUCAACUAUCCAACAUGGUGGGAUAAAGUUGAAAUUCAAAAGAAGUAAUGGAACAGAAUCACGUACAAGUUCAAAGCUGGACAUACAAAAUGGCAAUGUACGCAAGAAAAAGAAAAAGAAACAUCACCUUGAGAAACGAAGAAAUUCUAUGCAAGCCAUUGAACACAGUGUUGGUAGCAUGAAGGCAAAAGUUUCACUUUCAAAAUUUAUCAAAAUUACAACAUCUCCCAAUGGUGGGGCCUCCAUUGUUCACAUUGACUAUAAUGAGGUGAAAGAUCUCAAGGAAAAAUACUUAGAAAAACUUGUUGAUAAUUUCUUUCGAAUUGUAUUUGAAGAGAAAGAGGAGGGAGUGGCUACUCACGUGAUGGGUGUGGUUCAUGACGCAGCACGCAAUAUACCUGAACUAUUACAAUACUUUUGUGAAAUGCACCCAAAACACACAAUAAAAACUGAAGUUUUGGGUAAAAAGAAAGACAUUGACUCAACAUGCUUUCUAGAUUACUACAAAAAAGUGAAAGAGACAUAUCAAAAUGGGACAUUCCGCUGUGGUGGAUUGUUGCAGUUCAGUCUGGUUGGUACACGACAGGAAGAAACUGGAGGAUAUUUUCCAGAUGUGAUUGAUAGGCUUGAAAAGUGUCCAUUUCUUAAACCUGUAAUGCCCUGGGGAAAAUAUUCCUUCAUUAAAAUGAAUGAUCCAAGAAAGAGCAAUGAUGGACCAAUAUUUUGGGUUCGACCUGGAGAGCAAAUGGUGCCUUCAACUGAAAUUCUUGGAUCUCCUUAUAAAAGAAGAAGAGUGUCUGCCAACGAAAUCCAAAACCUUCAUUAUCUCCCAAGAGCGUUGGCUCCGAGGGAAAGCCUUGCGGAGGAUCGAACACGAUGUCAUGCUGAUCAUGUGGGUCAAGCUUUAGAACGUAGGACGACUGCAGCUGUUGCAAUACUUAAAGCUGUACAUGGCUCACAUGGAAAUGGGAAUGAGCGUAUAAAUCGUGAAGUGAAAGACGUGGUUGCGUUUCACGCUGGAGAUUUUGUUCGUGUUUCACAAACACUUCAAUUGGAUUUGCACGAACCUCCCCUCUCUCAGUGCGUGGCUUGGGUUGACGAAGCAAAGCUAAAUCAACUAAGACGAGAAGGAAUUAGGUAUUCAAGAAUACGUCUUUUGGAUAAUGAUAUAUACUUCAUUCCUCGCAAUGUCAUCCAUCAGUUUCAAACCGUCUCAUCUUGUGCAAGUAUUGCCUGGCAUUUAAGACACAGAAUGUAUUAUUCUCAAAACGACUCGCAAGAAAUUCAGUAGGAUGUGAAGUCACGAAGUGAAAACGUAUUUAUGCGUCAAGUUUUACUGCACUAUUUUACUGCACAGAUGAUCUUUAUCUUGGAAAUUUGGUGAAUUCCUUUGACGCACACACACAGAAAAUCGUAUUAUAAAUAUUGAUGUUCUUUAUGUGCGAAAUUUCCACAGUCAUGCAAAGAAGUACACUGCAGAACUAAUUGGAUUUUAUCACCUACAGUAAAGGCAUUGAUGUAGAGGUGAAUAAACAUAAUUCUUAUAACGCUAUAAAACUCAAAACUUAAAUCAUUUGUCACCGCUUGGCCGUAAAAAAAAUUUUAGAGUUACUCGAUAAAUUUUAUCUUUAUCUUUUUAUAAGCGUCGUCUGGCAUUAUUUUAAAAGAAAAUUAUGUUAAAAUUUAUUAUCUUUCACAUCGCCGACAUUGUCCAUGAGAGGUAACUAUCCUAUAAAAAAACAAGCCCUUUUAACAGGUUGAAGUUGAGGAGUUGAAAACUUGAUACAAUGAAAAAGCCUAACUUGCAUUCUAUUUGAGCCGAGCGGUGUUAUAUACUGUAUAUUGUCGUUAUAAUAUCUAACUUAUUAAAAUAAUUGUGUAUUUAUUUACGUACAUUAAGUUUAUUGCGCAAUAUGAACAUGUUUUAUUAUAUAAAUUACUCUUAUUGAAGAAUAUAUGACAAUGAAUAAAUAUUACCAUUUAAAAUGAA